GUUCUUGUGGCUGGUUCGCCUUUUGGUCGCUCGCGCGAACUUGUGUUGGUGUUGUUGUUGUUGUUGCAUGGAGAGUGGGUGAGAGUGUGCUUUCCUCUCCUUCCGUCCCCUCAUCUCUGCGUGUGUCCCUCUUUCCACCCCCUUGCCUCUCCUCUGGUGUCUCUUCUACUCCUCCUUCCUCUUCGCUUGCUGCUUCCUUGCUUGCUCUCCUUGCUUGCUUGUCUGCAAGCCGGCGUCUCUGGAGACAGCACCCGCAACACACGCGCAGACAAGAACGGCGACACGGACGUCCACGUGCAGUCGCAACCCCUACACGUCGUGGCACAUUCUCAACCAUCACCAUGACGACGCAGUCCGACGUCUUCUUGUAUGGCCGCUCAAUCGGCACAAACAUCAGCGUGCAAACGCAGAGCGGAAGCGUGUACCGAGGCAUCCUGAGCAGCGUUGACCCGAAGAGUGGCGACCUGUACCUGCGCAUGGCAUACCUCGUCAACGACAAGAGCGGUCCCAAACCAUUUGACUUUCCUGAGCCCGUGCCAAAUCAGGAGACGUGCAUCCAGCAGCUCUGCAUCGAAUGGAAGAAGAUUGGCCAGGUGCAUCUGCCGCAGGUCGACAUAUCCGUUGCACAGAAUCCCGCGCGAAUGGCAACCGCAGACACAGGAUUGGACGAGUUUACCGACGCCGGCAUCUCAAAGACCGCCCCCUCCAACCAGCCCCGCAAGUUCACGCGGUGGGUUGCCUCUGGCGAAGACGACACGCUGGACACUCUGGAGGGAUCAUCGUCGGCAGGGGGCUGGUCAGCAGAGGACAUGCUGCGUACGAACAAGGAGAAGUUUGGCAUUGACGUGUCCUUUGACGAAUCCCAAUACACGACGAUGCUUGACGAGAGCAAGCUGUCAAAGGCCGACAUUGCCGCCGCCAACUCCCUCGCCCGCCAAAUCACCGGAGGGAAAGGAAAGAAGAGCGGGCGCACAAUGGCCGACAUCAACCGCUCAGACGACGACAAGUACAGCGCCGUCACACGCGACGAUCAGCAGCAGCAGCAGCAGCAGCAGGCAUCCGCGCCUGAUAAAGCUGUACGACAGCAGGAGAAGAAGCAGUUUGCGGAAUUCUCAAAGUCCAUCCAAUUUGGUGUUGCUGGAGCAACAGCAAGCGGUGGCAACGGUGCACACGCGCAGGAGACGGGCGGUAAUGCUGCAGCGGAGACGACGAAGAAGGGCGAGGAGGUCACGACAACGGGGGCACCCGCAUCACAGCCGACGCAACCAGCAGCCACCACACAAGCAGGAACGACGCCAGCAGCGGCAGUGACCACAGCCACAACCACGGCGACCAGUGGGGAAGACAAGAAGGAGGAGACAGGGGGAGAACAAGGUCAGCAGAAGGAAGCAGCACCAACGGCAGCAGACACGAAAGCAGCCCCACCACCAAAGCCCGUGCUGGACCCAAACGCAGAGGAAUUUAUCCCAUCAUACAUUCCGCCGCAACAGCAGCAGCAGCAGCAGCCGGCCGCGCCUGCAGGCAUGCACAUGCCACCCACGAGCAUGGGCAUGUUUCAGCAGCCACGCCCACAGCAGCAGUUCCCACAGCAGCAACAGCAGCAGCCGCAGUACAUACCGACACAGCCAGGCAUGAUGAUGAUGCCAAUGCAACCCUACACGUCCACGCCGUACACCAUGCAGCAGCCCAUGCAGCAGCCCAUGCAGCAGCCGCAGCAGAUGUACCAGCCGCACGUCUCGCAGGGCCCACCAACGCCGGUGGCGUCACAGGCGUUUAUGAGCAUGGGCCAGCCCGGCGGGUACGGCUAUGGCGGGUAUUCCCCUGCACAGCGCAUGCCAGGCCCAGGUCAAGGAAUGCCGCACCAGCACCACGCGCAGGCCAGGCCAUACAUGCAACACAUGCCAUUUAACCGACAGCACUAAGAAGACAAACAGAUGAAGACGAGCAGGAGCGUUGUCUGGCGCGAUGACACAUUGGAUCGUUCGUUUGCUGCCGACUGCCUUUUCUGAACUCAUCUCAACUCAUCGUACGGCAUGGCAUGAUGUGGCGUGACUUUCAAGGAAAAUUGAGCGAUGCAAAAACACACACACACGCACAUAUGCACAUCAUAUUACAGCAGUGCGCACGUGCUUGCACCAUGAAACAGUCAUGUUGAGUACGUGUGUCGGGUGGAAACUCAUCAAUAAAGCAAGCAAGAAGGAA